AUGGCUUCUCUUUCUCCCUCAGAGAGAGAUGAGAAGCUGGGGCGGCUAUGCUCAUGUGGGAACAAUAUUUCUGCAAGAGAUACUCACCCCUGCUGCAAUGAGUGCCUCGGGCUGCAACACGCCCAAGACGCACUAGCCCCCACGGGUUCUUGCAUCCACUGCGCCCGCCUGCCCAUGAAAAGUCUCCGUCGUCGACUAGCACGCCAUGCUAGUUUGACCGAUCGAGACCCCAUGAUGGCGGCGCCUCCAGCUCCCGAGGGUCAACCUCAGGUGUCUGCAGCCAGUACCAGUGCAAACUGGGCCGAGCACAUGGAUGAAGUAUCUCCGUUGCUCGACGAGCUCGGCUGCAUGCGCGAGGAGCGGGAUGAACUCCUCGACGCGGAGCUGGAUUCACUGGACGGUUCGGACAACAUCCUCCCCUACGAGGACGAUGACGAUCCGUUCCUUCCACCGACGGAGGCAGCAAUGCCUCAAGCCCCUCGCGAGUGUAGCUCAGGCGCGGAAGGCGAGGUCGGUGGUUCCCCAGCUGCUGGUGCGAGCCUGCACGACGUAUGCAAGCGCGCCGCAGGAAAACUGGGCAUUCCAUGGCCCAGCGCUCUGCCCGAGAAGGCCGGUUCUCGGUAUGAAGGCAAGCGCUUACCCAGGGUGAAAAGUAUGGAGAGACAGGUUCUUCCGCUAUUCCCCGAGUGCCUGGAAGAAAUGACCCGCACCUGGCCGAAACCUUUCUCAUCGAAAAACCCGGUCCUGGGCGGUGCUACGCUGGACUGCGCAGAAAUGGAGGCGAAUGGACUGUCCAAUCUGCCGCAGGUGGAGCCGCUGGUCGCUCACCACCUCCAUCCUGGCCAGAAAGCCUUCAUGACCACAUCCGCGCCUAGCUUCCCGUCAAAGGCGGACGGAUUCCAGUCCUCCAUGACCGACAAGGCAUACAGAUCCGUUGCCCUCGGUGUGCGAGCUCUGAACGCAUCGUCUAUGCUGAUGGCGUAUCAGGCUGAGCUUCAGGAGGAGAUGGCCGGAACCACGGAGCACAAGCUCUGGGACGAGAUGUGCGUGGUGACCGACUUAUGCCUUCGCCUACAUCGCUGUGCUGUCCAGGCUUCAGGAAGGGCGAUGAGUAUCAUGGUCACGCAGGAGAGAGCGCGCUGGCUCAACUUGUCUAGCCUCUCACACCGCGAAAAAGUCCAGCUUCUGGAUGUUGCUGUGGAUCCAAAGGGCUUGUUCGGCCCCGCUAUGGCUGCUAUGCAACGCCGCUGUGAGGAAAAGAAGCGGGAGGGUGAGGCUCUGCAAACCUGUCUGCCCAGGAAAGUGCACCCACCUCCUGCCUCAGCGCCCCGCCCAUCCUUUGCACAAGCGGUAGCGCGUGCUCCGCUUGGCUACAGGAUUCCAAAGCGACCCACCCCACCACAGCCCAGACCACCAGCAAAACCCAAAGCUGAGAGUGGAGGAGCAUGGGGUAACAAGCCAGCUGCACCAGUGGACCAGCACGGAAGCCGACAAGCGCCGCCUCGCGCCCGCCUGGGCCACGGGCCGAGGGCACUUCAAAACAAAAAUACCCUAUUGUUGAAAAACAUAAGGAACACUGUGCACUUAGCGGCGCAGGGCCACAUAAGCUCUGUACCAGAGCCGGCCACGCGCGCAUGCGCAGCUGCCAGAGCGAGGCAGUGCUGCCCUCCACUAGAGGGCAGCAGUGCUCCACUGGUGGCGCUGCAGCCAGCUGUAACACAGCGAAUAGCGCGCUGGCGCGCGUGUAUCGCGUCGCAAUGGGUGCUCAGAACUGUGGAGAAAGGGUACAGGCUCCAAUUUUCACACACCCCCCCUCGAUUCUCAGACAUAAUAUGGUCACAGGCGAGGGGAAAUGCUGCCAGUUUUCUAGAAGCAGAGAUAGCCUCUCUUUUAGAGAAAGGAGCGAUUCAAGUAGUACCUCCAACGCAGAGCCGGAGCGGCUUCUACUCGAGGUAUUUUAUAGUUCCCAAAAAGGGAGGGGGCAUGAGACCUAUACUGGACCUGAGAGCGUUAAACAAACACCUCAGACAGUACAAAUUCCGGAUGCUGACUCACUCAGCACUGCUAAAGUUUGUACGCCCAGACGAUUGGUUCACCACCAUCGAUCUAAAAGAUGCAUACUUUCACAUUCCCAUUUACCCUCCCCACAGAAAGUUUCUCAGAUUCGCCUUUCAGGGGAGGACAUACGAGUAUAUGGUACUCCCGUUCGGCCUCUCUCUGAGCCCGCGCGUUUUUGUCAAAUGCACAGAAGCAGCGAUAGGGCCGCUCAGGGCGAAUGGAAUUCGUCUGGCAACGUAUUUGGACGACUGGCUUUUGGCUGCAAAGUCAAAGGAAGAAGCCGUGACACACACCGAAUACUUAAUGAGACACCUCUCAUGGCUGGGGUUUCAAAUCAACUUGGCCAAAAGUGUGCUGAACCCCAGCCAGUCAGUAACUUUCAUCGGACUGUCCCUAGACUCAGUGGCGAUGAGAGCUCGGCUUUCCCCAGACAGAGUAGAGGCAUUUCAGGCAUGCCUCGCCCAGUUUCGAAGGGGAAAUUAUGUGGAGCUGAGGAUGUGCUACAGACUUUUGGGUCUGAUGGCGUCAGCAUUGGCUGCUAUUCCCCUAGGGAGGCUACAUAUGAGGGGGUUUCAGCGCUGGGUGGCGAAACUCGGUCUGGACCCGCGAAUGUACGCACGCAGGAAAAUUAUUGUGUCAGCUCAGGGUGCGCGGACACUGCGACUGUGGAAGCAUCCGCGCUUCCUGUCACAGGGCGCACCGUUAGGCACGAUCAGUGCCAGAAAAGUAAUCACUACCGAUGCGUCUCUAUGGGGAUGGGGUGCCACCCACGAAGGGAGGUCGGUAAAUGGACAGUGGAGUCCGAGCUUACGCUUGGCUCAUGUAAAUGUUCUGGAGCUCAGGGCAGUAUGCCUGGCUCUACGUCAUUUUCUUCCGUAUGUGGAAAACUCUCAUGUGUUGGUCCGUACGGACAACACGACUGUGGUGGCUUACAUCAACAAGCAGGGGGGCUUACGCUCCCUACAACUUCACAGGCUAGCACACAGACUGAUUAUCUGGAGCAAUGCCAACCUCCUCUCACUCAGAGCAACGCAUGUGCCGGGAGUGUCAAAUCGAGGGGCGGACCUACUCUCCAGGGGCCACCCUCGCUAUGGGGAGUGGAAACUUCACCCAGACGUGGUGAAUAUGGUCUGGAAGCGGUACGGUCUCCCAGCAGUGGAUCUGUUCGCAUCCAGGGAGAACGCACAGUGCCACCAGUUUUUCUCACUGAAGGACAGGGAUGCUCCGCUGGGAGUGGACGCGCUGGCACACGAGUGGCCGCGUGCCCUCCUUUACGCUUUCCCUCCACUAGCUCUGAUAUCCCCUACUCUAAUCAGAGUGAGAGAGGCGGGUCUAUCAGUUAUUCUGAUAGCACCGAAUUGGCCACAAAAGACUUGGUUAGCGGAGAUAACGCAGAUGCUUUACGCUCAACCAUGGCCCCUCCCACUGCGCAGGGAUCUGCUCUCGCAGGCGCGGGGAGAAAUCUUUCACCCUCACCCAGAGCGCCUAGCUCUCUGGGCUUGGCCCGUGAAGGGUUAAAUUUGACGUCAUGUGGGCUGCCUCAGAAUGUAGUAGCUACCAUCCAAAGUGCUAGGGCACCGUCCACACGCACUUUGUAUCAUGCUAAGUGGCG